UUUCAAAUUAUUAUCAUUGUAAUAGGCGCUAUGAUAUUAGUUACUGGUGUUUUAGGCAAUUUAAUGGUCGUUCGAACUGUUUAUCAAAAUCGCCAUGGUUCGAUGUCCUCCUUAACAUAUACAUUAAUAGCAAGCCUGUCCAUUUAUGAUAUUUUUGUUGUAACAUUAACCCUACCUUUCACAAUAGCUGAAGAUUUAUUAUGUUACUUCCCCUUUGGAAGAGUCUUAUGUCACUUGUUUAAGCCGCUACCAGCAUUUUUCGCAACAGGGUCAGUCUUUACCAUGACUGCAAUAGGCAUAGAUCGUUAUCGGGCUGUAGCUUGUUCACUUGAAUAUCGUGGCAAUCAAAAACGGAAAGCACUGAUGUUAGUUGGUAUAUUUAUCUUAGGUUUCAUUUGUUCAUUAACUAGCUUUAUUUUAACACGCUACGAUGAUGAAACAUCUCCAGAACAACCAAUAUGUUACAUGAAUUUUAUUACUCUAACUGGAUCUGAAAUUUAUGUGCCAAGUACUUUUGUCUUUCUUUUCAUCUUGCCUCUUAUGAUAACUAUAACCAUCUAUCUACGUGUAAUUGCUUAUUUGCGAUGGCUAGGAGAAUCCAAAAACAAUUUAUUGAAGAAGAAUCGAGUAUUCUAUAAUGCUGCUGCUCGUUCCUCGAUAAAAAUGAUGCUGGUCAUUACAAUGUUAUUUGUAGCAUGCUGGUUACCCUUAUAUUGCUGUUUCUUUAUUAUUGCUUUUCGAGUUUUACCAUUUGCCACAACACCUCAUUUUUAUGUUAUGUAUGCAAUAUGUCAUCUAUUAAGUUAUGUUAAUGCAGUUGCCAAUCCAAUCAUAUAUGCCGGUUUUAAUAAGAAAUUUCGUUCCGCAUUU